AUGUCAGACAUCUCAGCCUUCCACACCCUCCUGCGCAGCCUGCGGCAUCCGCGCAUCCUCGCCGUCUGCGGCGCGGGCCUCUCAGCCUCCUCGGGCCUCCCCACCUUUCGCGGAGCCGGCGGGCUCUGGCGAAACUACGAAGCCACCUCCCUCGCGACCCCGCAGGCAUUCAAGCGCGACCCGGGACUCGUGUGGACCUUUUACGCCUACAGGCGGCACAGGGCGCUCGGCGUGCAGCCGAAUGGGGGACACUGGGCGCUGGCCCGGUUAGCCGAGAGGUUGGGGGAUGACUUUUUGUGCUUGACGCAGAAUGUCGAUAAGGGACAGAGGGGAGGGACGACUGACGCAGCAGACCUGCACGAACGCGCCCAGCACCCCGCCCAGACGCUGAAACACCUGCACGGCUCCCUCUUCCAAUUGAAAUGCACCCUGUGUCCAUGGAAGGCGUACGAUGACCGCGACCCUCUGCCGGGGCUCGAGAUUGCGGCGCAGGACUCGGCCGCAGAAAAGCUCCUCGACCCGGCACACGCGCUCGAGCCCAUCUCUGCCCAGGAUCUGCCCCGGUGUCCUGAGUGCGGGGGACUGGCACGCCCCGCCGUCGUGUGGUUUGGCGAGAGCCUUGAUGCCGACAUGCUCCAGCAGGCUGAUGAGUGGAUCGAGGAGAGGCCCGUGGACAUUGUCCUUGUUGUGGGGACGAGUGCCGUGGUCUAUCCUGCUGCGGGGUAUGCGGAACUCGCCCGGACCAGGAAUACCCACGUGGUCACUAUCAACCUGGAGAUUGAGGGAGGACGAAGAAACAAGAACGACUUCCACUUCGAGGGCGACGCGAGCGUGCUCCUUCCCCAACUGCUUGAGCCCAUCAUCGGCAAGCCCUCGGAGAAUUAG